AUGCAGGCAGCGCGGCGGCCCAAGUGCGGCGUGCUGUCGUUUGUGCCGGAGCUGGAGCAGAUGGCGGCGGAGUGCGAGGCGAUCUUCGCGCGCGGCGGCCGGCGCGCAGACCUCGAGCGCUGGUACCUGGCGCUGGGCACCGCCAUGCUGCGCGCCAUCCAGCGCGCCGAGCACCCGCGCACCCCGCGCGCCGUCGUGCACAUGGAGAACUACCACCGGCUGCACGGCGCGGUGAGCUCGCUGCGCGCGCCGGCGCUUGACGCACUGCGGCGCGAAUGCCGCGCGCGCUACGCGGAGGCGCUGCGCGCCUACGUCACGCAGUACUUCGGCCGCCCGCUGGACAAGUUGGCCCAGUUUUUCGAGGGCGUGGCAGAGGCCGUGGCAUCGGGCGUGCGCGAGGACGAGGUGUGCUACCGCGCCGCCUUCAGCAAGCACGAGCUGCGCCGCCUGCUCGCCAUGUACCCGGCGCACGAAGUGCGCAAAUCACUGCACCGGCUGUACCGCACGGUGGAGAAGCACCUGAGCGAGGAGGGCGGGCUGCUGCAGGUGGUGUGGCGCGCCAUGCAGGAGGAGUUCAUCGCGCAGCACGUCGCGCUGCAGGCACGAAUAGCGGCGUGCUACCCGGGCGCCGGGCUGGCGCUGCCGCUCAGCACGCAAGACAUACUCGACGCAUUCUCUGACAUCGCGCGCGAGCACUGA